UUGAACGUGUGUUGCCGUAAGAAGGCUGGAGUGAGGAUGGUUACAUGGCAUACUCCUUAUAAUCGACUUCUUCAUUUGUCUCUGUUUUUUGCAGUUUUACCUUGGCUAUAUAGUUAUUUUAAUGAGCGACAUCGAAUUCAAUCCUAUUCUGUUGAACAAGCAUUAAUUUUGUCAUGGGAUAAAGUCAUCACCCAACCAACCAUAUUAUUUCGCCGUGCGGUUGUUGGAAUAAACUGUAACGUCGAUUUGGUUGUUUCGGCGACAAGUCUUUUGGAACGUAUGAAUUCUACAUCAAAUAAAAGAGAUGAUCAUCAGGUUUUAAACAAUGUUGAUGAUUUGUACGAGGCGUUCGCGUAUUUCUUCUCUCGUGGUGCGGCUGCGGAGAGGUCGGACCUUUGCGCUUAUCGAUGGGAAAGAAAGAUUGCUAUUAUUCUCAGGCAUACGUCUGAUGAGAAAACGUUUGAGUUGAUGGUUCAUACCGCUGGUGAAUCAAGACAACGUCCACAUUACUAUAUUGGAGGGAAUGCGGCAUUAAUGGCUGAAAAGAUCGCAACUGCCUUUCCAAGAACGACUGUUUAUUUGGUUGGACCAAUCGGUCCUCGAAGUCAAGCUCUAUUGCAUCCUUCAAUUGUACGCACAAAUUCAACGCGUAUUGUUAAAGAUGAGGUACACGUCAUUAUGGAGUAUAAACAAGGUGAAAUUUUGGGGGAAUAUGUGGCACCUGCAUCGUCCCGAUUCAUUACUUCACACGAUCAGUACAGUGGUAGCUCGGUGGUGAUUGAGAUGUUCUUCAAGGCAAUCGCACAGUUCAAUCCAGAUUUAAUAAUUCUCUCUGGUGUUCAUUUGCUACAGAAUCAAAAUAAGGAAAUGCGUAUGGAAAAACUUCGCUUGAUCAAGCGUAAUUUGAUGCAAGUCAAUCCGAAUAUACCAAUUCAUCUUGAAUUGGGUAGCAUAGGUGAUGCUGAUCAUGUAGCACAAGUACUCAGCAGAAUCGUUCCAAACGUUGACUCGUUAGGUCUGAAUGAACAAGAGUUAGCAUUCUUUUCGCACAUCGCAGGUGGGCCGUAUACAGAUUUGUAUCCAAUCGCUCCUGGUGCCGUUCAUGUAGUGGAGAUGCUCUAUUGGCUAUUGACAACAUAUGGACACGAUAAAAGUGAUCCAGAAUCGAAGAACUUUAAAUAUAAAUUAUCAAGGAUUCAUUUUCACUCUCUCACUUUCCAUCUCAUGGUAAUAUCUGUUGUUCUUACUCUUCAUAAGCCGUAUGCUGUGAAAAUUUACUAUAUUACUAAUCCUUCGAAUUUUCUCGUUAUUCAUCUUGAAAAUUACGAUAUCUAUAGAGCUUUCAUCUCUUGUCUGGAACGUUUUCAGGUAUAUCGAGGUACUGAUUGGUCUAAUCUAGCAGCCGGGUUGGCGGCUGGUGCUAAAGUGGCUGGACGACAGGCAUGCCAAAUGACUGGUGGCGAUACGAAUACAGAUAAUCUUGAAUUAAGGAGUUCAAUGUCCUUCCUUCUUGAUAAAGAAGUGGGAAAAAGUUAUAACUUCGAACCACAAAAACCAAUAGCGUCUUGGAUGCGGAAGGAUGUGGUGUUCAUUUUCACACCUGUUUUGGUAUGUAAGUUUCCAACGAGGACGGUAGGUGUUGAUGACGCGAUUUCAGCAACUGGAUUGAUUUAUUCACAAUUCUAUCGAUUCGAGAAGGCGUGGUAA